UUAAAAGCACACUGUGGACGCUACACUCUCUCUACCUCCGGGGCUUCGUCUCCAAUCAAAUCGCUGAUACGCGCAUCCCGGUUUAUUUUCUAGGUAGUUAUAGCAGGCAUUUUCGUCACGGGAGAAAGAGUUCGGCCAGCCGCGAGUAACGAUAAAUUCAGGAUAGAUCUUUGUAGAUCUAAGUGAACUUCAUGUAUUGCGAGAAAUAACGAUCAAUGGUCCAUCUCGAUGUGUGAAUACCAUGUAAGAAUAAAAACACGCUAGAAGAUCAAAUUUCUUACGAUAGAAUUUGAAAAUUGACACCAAAGCUAUGAGGGUCAGGGCGGUGCUACUUUUUGUGUUCGCAUAUGCAGUAUUAGCUGCCGUGCAAGGAGAAAUAACCAAAGAUUUUACACAAUGUGGCCGAACAAAAUGCAAACUUCCUUCGGAGAGAAAGUUUAAAUAUCAAGAAGGUAUCCAUUACGUGUACACGUACUCCGUAGAUGUAAACACGAAUUUGGGCUAUCGCCGUUGGAGUGGUCAGCCCAGAAAGGACGCAAUUUUGCACAUUGAUGCCGCGCUAUCCGUACAUUUUAACAGUCCCUGCGAGGGAAUUUUAAAGAUCCUGAAUGCCACUAUCAGUCACGAUCGUAGCACAUACAACGCCGAGUUUCCUGAUCAUGCCGACUCCGAGUUCAAGGCCAGCCUCGAGCAUUUUGCGUUGAAGUUUACUUUCGAUGACGGACUGAUUCAAGAGCUGUGCCCGGAUCAGCGAGAGCCGGUCUGGUCGCUAAAUCUAAAACGGGGCAUUUUGUCGAUGCUGCAGAACAACAUGCAGCGCAUCGACAUAGAUCAUCGCAUUGAAGAAGUGGAUGUUUACGGCACUUGCGAGACUGAAUAUCGGCUGUACGAGGCUAAGCGAACCAGCCUAAUUGUGAAGAAGAGCAAGAACCUGGCCGAUUGCCGAAAUGGGCCCAAAUAUUUUUCCGUCAUACAGUCAAACUUCUACAAAAGCCCGCAGAGACAACGCGGACAGCACGGAUUAUUCAAAUCUCGCAGCAACUGCGUGAUUACAAUCGACCACAAUGUCUACGAGAGAGUAGUCUGCGAAGAGACGCGAUUAUUGCAGCCGCUUUCCAAUGGCAAAUCUGGCGCUAGGACGGAGUCUCGGAUGGUUCUUCAGCUGAUUCAGGAGUCGGCGAAGACCAGUUUCUCUCAGGAAUUUGAAGAAAACGAAGACAACGAUGAUGAAAGUGAAGACAAUUUUAUUGGCAGCGCACUUCGCACGAAGAGAACCACAUUGCUGUACGAUCAUGCAAAAACAUUAAAAACCAUGCACGGCGAAUUGCGCACCUCUAGGGAUCUGCUGAAAAACAUAUGCAGACUUGCAGCGAAUGCCGACGAGCUGCAGCAGAGAUUCUCCGAGAUGUUCACCAAUUUCGUCCAUUCGGCUCGCUUUCUAGAUUAUCCCUCAUUGUCACAGCUGUUUGCGAGAGCUAAUAGCAUUUGCAAAAAUGGACAGAAACAUAUCAUCGCAGCACUUCCGUAUCUAAAUAGCAACACUGCGAUAAAUUUAAUGAGAGACUUGAUUUUAAAGAAACAGAUUAAUCAAGAGAUUAUCAAUGACUGGGUCAUCACUUUUGCUUUGUUCCCGAGACCGGAUCGCGACACUAUCAAGGCUCUUUCGCAAUUGCUAAACUUUCAGAAUCAAAUCCCUCAAACCCAGUUUAUUUUAAGUUACUCUACUAUUAUUCAUACAUAUUGCGCAAAUAACGAUGUCAAUUGCAUCGAUUUGGAGGAAGUGGACCUGCUUUUGUCUCACCUGCAGCGGAAAAUUUCUCAAGGCUGCACGGCUCGUCUUCAUACUUCUCUCGCGACGAAAGAGACGCUGGAAGCUUUGAAGGCAAUUGGAAAUAUGGGGCUUGAGACGAAGAACUUGCGAAAUAAACUGAAAAAAUGCAUAGACGACACCGGUGGAUUUUUACCUAUGGAAGUGCGCGUUGCCGCUAUUGACGCGCAUCGUAGACUGAAGUCCUGCGAGGAAACUCGGGAUCAAUUCUUCCUCGAUUAUUACCGUAACAUGACGUUAGACACGGAAAUCCGUAUCGCCUCUUACUUGCAAGUGAUGCAUUGCCCUGACUACAGCGUUAUAAAGACCAUCAAGCAUACUCUAAAAACAGAAGAAGUCAACCAAGUCGGCUCUUUCGUAUGGAGUCACUUGACAAAUCUUUACAACUCUGCUUCGCCCACUAGAGUUGAGAUUCAAAGCCUGUUGACGGAUCAAGAUCUCGACAAUAAGUUUAAUAACGACAUUAGAAAGUUCUCGCGUAAUUACGAGAACUCCUUCUUCUCCGAAGAGUACAAUAUCGGUGCUAAUUAUCAGACCAAUUUGAUUUUUUCGCCUAAAUCGUACAUGCCACGAUCGCUCACAUUUAAUGUGACAACCGAUCUCUUCGGUCAGUCUGUUAAUCUAUUCGAGAUCACGGCGCGAAUGGAGGGCCUCGAAUAUUACGCAGAGAAUAUCUUCGGCCCGAAUGGCAUCUACAGCAAUGAAAAUAUCUCGAAUCACCUUCGGAACUUCCUCAGAUAUUUUAGAUCAGCGCCGGAAAAGAAAGAGAAUUAUUGGGACGGUGUGAAACGGCUGCCUAAUAUUAUCGAUAAUAAUUUUGACCAUCCAAAAAUCAGUCUUGGUUAUAAGAUAUUCGGAAACGAAUUGAAGUUUAUGAUGCUUGACGGCGACAAGGAAGUAACGGCCGCGCUGGCAAACUUCAAUCCUUGGCAGAAGAUGAAACAGUUCUUGGCCAUGCAAGAAAUCCUCUAUGAAAGAACUGGAAUGUUUUUGGAUUCCUCUUAUGUUGUGCCGAUGGGAUCUGGUUUGCCGAUUCGUCUGGAUCUCGCCGGUUCCGCGGCUUGCAAUUUCAAAAUCUCGAAGAUGCUCAAUGACGCUCGACUCUCCGCUAGAGAGUUCCAACUCAACGCUAAUAUUGCAUCUAGCAUAAGCGUCGACAUGGUGAGCACGAUGACAGUAGAUGCUUUUUACAAGUCCGCUGGACUUAAAUUGCGCACGAACGUUUAUUCCUCGGGAAAUCUGCAGUUUCAUCUAAACCUAAAUAAUACUCGCUUAGUGCGUAUAAGUCUGGGUUUACCAAAUCGCAAGAUAGAGGUGCUCUCGUUGGUCUCGGAUGUAGCUUUAAUCAAAGGCAACGGUGCCGAGAUUGAGGAAAAGACGCUGGAGAAACCCAGGACUGUUAUUACUAAUACCAAUUGCAGCUGGCCUGAGUUGCAUACAUUUAUAGGUUUGAAAAUGUGCGCCGAAUAUCAACUCACGAACAUGACUGGCGAUUCUAAUGCACCUUUUCUUCUUCUGAACGGACUUACGUACUUUAAAACUUAUUUGCUUAAAGCUGAUCCGACCGCAAAAAAUUACGUGUUGGAAUAUAAAUGGAACAAAACUCAGGAACAUAGCACAUUUAAGUUGAUGUUCGACACACCAGGCUCGCAGGUGAACAGAGAAAUCAGCGCUACCGUUACUUUUGAUAUAUUAAAUAAUAACGUUACUGUUCUGCUUCAUUCAGCUGGUAAUUCUGUAAUUGCUAAAGGCACAUAUAAACGUUCCGAAAAUGAGACUUCCAUAGACAUUGGUUUCAAUGUAAAUGGCACAAAGCAUUUGGAUGCUAGUAUAGGCUAUACGACGGAAAAAUUUAAUUACGGCUAUACCUAUAAACCUAAUGUGCAUCUGACUGUCAAUAGCGAACGUGUCGCUGCCAUUUUAGGUGAGAUAAGACAUGCGCAGAAGAACAACGUCUCCCAAUUCGAUAUAAAUUUAACUUUUCAAACAAAGCGAGUCUGGAGCAACCUAGUCGGCUAUGUCGUCAAGCGGAACAUCAGUCUGGCCGGAGAUUUCCAGUUAGACUAUCAGCUACAACGUAUGCCAAAGAAAGAGAGUCUACACUUAGAGAUUUCGUUAUCCAAUCGUUCGUCGAAAACUCUCACGCACAAGACUGCCGAUGUAAAGCUACACUCUACUGCCUAUCCGCAACUCAACACCGCGAUUAAUGCUUGGUAUCAACAAGCUCUCGGCCAUCUCGAGUUGCAUGCCGAGGUGAACUCCAAUCCGCAUCUCAAGGACGAUCGACACAAACUUACAGCGCAGCUGAUCAUUUCCUACUCAAAUAUGUAUUUUCAAAAUCAAGGCACAAAGGUGAGCGCGCUGAUAGCCGUCACCAAACCCAUUCAGAACUUGGACAUCAAAGUGGGAGUCAAUCACUACUCUCUCGGCCCCGAGUCGAAGACCAGUUUGCUCGUAGGAUACGCUCCAGGCAAGGAGAUCAGUCUAAUUGUCAACCUUAUUAUGCCGCGCGGUUUGCUGUUCUCUAUGGAAGGCCACACAAAUCUGACGAUCCCAAACUUCAACUCGAUGUUGAUAGAUGUGCGCAUUAUGGAGCGAUUACAAAAUGAGUACGAGCUGGAGUUCUUCGGCACGUGGUUCAGUGGUCACAACAUGACCGCACGCGGCACUUACUCCGACAGAUCGUCGGUGGUUGUCGUCAACCACCACCUAAAGAUGAUUUUCAAGUCGCUGAGCUUCGUCACCCCGAUUCUACUCAACUGCCACUUGUACCAGAACCACAGUGACAUCAGGGUUAGCUUGUAUGCCGAACAGGUGGACUACAACAAGUACGCUUUCGUGCUGAAUCACACGGUGCUAUCGGCGACCAGCUUGAUGUCUUACGUGGAAGCCAGGUAUCAUAACACCGUGUAUUCGUUGAUGACAAAUGUGGAUACCACGCGAGAGAUCCGCUUGGAGCUGCAUCUGGACAAUUGGAGAGACGUGCAUUUGACCCUAAGUGGCAUCAAUGAGAUAGAUCGGCAGGAAUUCGCGGCGGAAGUUAAAUGGGACGCCAACAGAGACCCCGCCUUGAAAGUCGGCACAAUGUUGCAGUUGAGUAAAGUUUAUAUAUUGGACGCAGCUUCACCCGGCAUCAAGCGAAACGCAAUGAUAACGCUGACCUAUCCGGGUCGACUAGUGAUCGGCUCGUGUGAUCUAGUCGUCCGUAGUCCGCACAAUUAUCAAGCGGACAUUAAUCUAAACUGGAGCCCUAAGGAUGCAAUUAAAGUAUCGAUCGGCGCGGAUUACGACGUUCAACCGGAAAUGAUAUCUGUCAAGUUAGAAUCGCAGCUUUUAACACCUUUCGAGCAAUGGAAGAAAACCGCGUUAAACGCAAAAUAUUUACAACUGUCCGACAAGAUUUCAGCCAGCACAAGCGUUCACUGGAAAGACUCUCAGCAUGUGAUGGGAGAGUUAUUUGCCAGUACGAACGAGCAAGAAGAUUUGAAAGAGUGGACAGCAAACUGCGGUUUGAUCAGCACUGUUCACGCUAUCACCUGGAUGACCGUGAAUGUCACUCACAAGGUGUUACGCUCGCAAAUAACGGAUACACAUGUGCUGAUCAAGUACGACCCCGACAAGACGAUCGACGCGCGCAGCGUCUGGCAGCUGGACAAGGAAUCAGACAAUGUGUUCAAUCUGACCGGCAAUCUACAUUUGUACUCGCCUCUGGCGAGCUACCGGAAGAGCGAGUUCAUAUGCCAGCUACGUCUGAUGAGCAGCUGGAAGUUCUUCGGUGCGGCUAAUCUUGACUUGGACAAACGCAAGUACACCGGCCGUCUGAUUGGCGACCUCGUACGCUGGAAGGAAUCCAAGAUCGAAUUUAACGCCACUACGCCGCUGGAGAAAUUCGCCUUCGUGCGCGGCAGGUUCGGCCUCUCGGAGCGCAAUCGGCACAUGGUAGCCGAGGUCGUCACACCAAAUGGCCCACUGGGCGUCGAAGCGUUGUGCCAGAUUCUCACCGCCACUUAUGACUUUAACGUCAAGUUGAUGCUGGCGACGCCAAUCGAAAUACUGCAGAAGGCUCUCGUGAUCGCCAAGUUGAAUCGGCGCGAGGCCGACUUCAGAAUCGGUUAUAACAACAUUACGGCAGGCUUCCUCGGCACUUGGCACUACCGCAACAUCACUGACUUCGAUUACAGUUACAUAGUGUUUACGCCGUUGAAAGGUUUGCAGGAAUGCGGUGUAAUCACAAAAUUGAUUGUGGCGCGUACGGAGCCCGACGGUAUGCUGGAUGUUGAUACGGAGUUUUCAUUGAGACUGGCAAACAACAAGAUCGGUAUAAAGGUUAAGGGUGGACCGAAACCUCCGCCCGUUAAGAUUCCGGUAAAAAUGAGAAUUAUAGUGCCCACGACGGAUGAUCCUGAGGUCGAUGAAUCGGAAGAAGAAGAGGAAGAGGAAGAAGACGAUGAGAAUGGUCUCUAUUGGCGAGGAGAACUGCAGAUAUGGCCCGCGAUAAUGCCGGAUAUCUUAGGAGAGCUAGAUAUAGAUACCGAAGGCGAUAUGUACAAAGUUCUAAGCACAAUAUCAUUACCACCCGGAAAAAUUAUUAUAGACGACAGCUUUACCAUGGAAGAUGUCUUUCACAUAAAGAAUGAUUUACAUGUUGAUUUAACGUUCAGUAAUAUCCGAGAGCUAACAUCGUCGUACAUGUUUCUAAUUGAUAUGGAAAAUCCUACCUAUUUUAUGGAAAUGAACGUAAACGUUAAGAAAAAUAAUACAUGGAUCGAGACUGGGUUUCAUGGAAAUUAUACAAUUAAAAACGAUGAUAAAGUGACACAUAUGGUGAAGUUUGGUUUAAAAACUCCUAUAGAACCUCUGAAUAAUAUCCACAUUGAUGCAAUCAUGGAUAUUGAAGGCAAGUUGUACAAUGGUACAGUUAUCAUUCGUGGGAAUAAAUUAGUCAUAGAUUUGUCCGGAAAAAUUAAGCUAGAGAACGCUUUACUGGAUAUGAUGAUCUCGGGUGCAAUCAACGCAUCCGUUAUAAAAAUACCGAAAAGCACUAUCACUGUAAAGAAAGACUUUACCGGAAAUAAAAAGCAGUUUAAAUUUAGCGCAGGGAUGGAAGAACCUGUAUCAAAAUACACGUCCUUAGAGUCCGCCUGGCAGGUAGAUGAGCAUCUUGUAACAGUUUCCGCGAAGCUGGAAAGCUGGAUAAAAGCUUUGAAGUCAUUGGAGACCGACAUUUCUUACAGUAACGCCAUUCGUAUAAACAAUACGGCUAAGUUAAACGUAGAUUUAACACAUCUCGACAAGAAAUAUCAAUUAAAUGGAAAUUUGAACAACGGUAAAGUCGAUGCCGACUUGGACACGCCGUUUUCGAAAUCUCAUUACCAAUUUCGUGGAAAUUUAAGAGAGAUUAAGGAAGCAACUGAAGCAAUAUAUCACAUUGACGGAAAACUGAAAGACCAGUUGAAAAACAAAUUUUACGAUGUCAACUCCGUCAUUCUCAUGCAGGAAGACACUCCGGUUUCGAUGAACGUCAGCCUAUUUCCAACGGGCGAGCCAAAUGCCAAUAGAAUCAACCUAGAAUUGAGGAGAAAAAAAUAUGGUUUGCUGCUGGACGUAAAUGGUGGAUCCUUCAAUGGCAGCCUCGAUGCAAAUGUUCUCAAUAAUUUGAAUUGGGACGUGAAUGCUCGUACGGACAUCCAAACGGCUGACGCUGUAGAGACCUAUAAAUUAAUCACCUUUAUGAAUGUGCAGGUGAACGGCAAUGCCAGCCUGUACAUUCACGCCGAGACACCUUGGAACGACAGCAGAAUCACGACAAUUAAUGGCAACAUGAUGCUGACUAACAGCAGCGGCGAUGUUCGAUUGAAUAAUCUAUUCAACAGGAAUCGGUGCCACGCGGCUAUGAGUUGGUCCCUGAUCUACAUGGAAAACAUGUUUGUGAAAUUAGUGACAGGAUACAACACUGCCGUUCUGGGUACGAAAGAGGUGAAUACUCAUAUAUUCUACAAGAAUCCCGGUCGAUUGUACAGGACCCUCAAUAUGGGCUUCGAUUUGGAUCUUAAUCAAAAAGCGUGGGAACUCGGGGCAAACGCGACCAUAGGUUUCCGCAAUCAACAAAACGUCGAUGCGGUGUUUGCGGUGAAAUUGCCUCCUCCGAAUAACGAUGACCAUCAAUUUCUAAUCAGCUAUCACACGAACAAAAACGCAAGCGACAUUUCUUACGUUGUGGGCUACAACGCAGUUCGAGCGAAGAGUAAUUACGCCUCGAACGGAUCGAUACGAAUAGCGACGCGUGAUAUUAAUGGACACCUUCGGCUGACUUGGGGAAUACUAUCUGUAAAUAAUCUCUUUAACAUCACCUUUGAUAACAAGGAGAUCGAACUUAAGUAUUCUCUGUAUACGCCAAUGUUUCGUCAAGAGGAAACAGUCGUGCUACUCUUCAGUUACGAUGCUAAUUCCGAUGAACGGAAUCUGAUUAAUGUUGAUCUCUUUUACCCCCCGAGCCGGCAAAUUGGAAGUGCAAGGAUAUUUUAUGAGAGUUUAAUUAAUGUCAAUGGAACUCUCAACGCUACAAUAUCUAUAGAAAACUUGUCAUACGUUGGCUGCAAUUUUGUUGUGCUUACUACUUUAAGACAGAAUAAAAGAUUUAUUGAACUUUUCUGGCCGAACAAUACAGCCUUGCUGAACUCCGAUUACAGCUAUCACAGCGAGCGACUGAACUCAAACAUGGAUGGUAUCCUUCAUAUAGAAGUUCCUCUGAACGCUCGUCAUAUCGGUCAUUUAACUUACGGCUAUAAAAAACGUCCGCAACAUACGACGGGUCAUUCCAUCUUGGUCUACAACGACGAAAAAGUACUUCACGCUCGAUACAAUUCGACAAGCGAAUCUCGAGCCGGCUUUGAAAAGGACAACAUCAAGGUGACAGUGGAGAACGUUUACAAACCCAUUUGCGUCGUCUACAUAAACCAAUACGAGUAUAGCGGUGGAAAUGAGGGUACGAAUUAUCCUACCACCGAAUUCAAGCAUGUCAAUGUUUAUCGGCUGGAUAACAGCUCAGCCUUCAAUAUUGCCGCCGAAUCGAGGAUCCGCACCACCCAUACCGGUCAGCACAUUCAGCUAAAAGCGAUGCACUCAAAUAGGACGAUUCAACUGAGAACGGACUACCUGGUGUUGCCGGGCGAAUUCGAUCAGAACGCCUGGCUGGGCGUGAGCGAAGACGCCUGGAUAUCUUAUCACGUGAACAUCUUGAACAAAACCACCGAAGAUAUGGACAAUCAAUUCCUCAUUCUCAGCUUGUCUUAUCCCCGGCGAAAUUUCACCUUGGACGGCUCCUACAAGAUCACCAACGACGAGGUGAACUCCGAAGCGGACUUGCAAUGGCAACGCGACGAUGAGAAGUCCAGAACUGUCGGCGCGGCCUUCAAUUGGACGAAUCUCACCGCAACGUUGACGGAGAAUCAGCAACAAGCCGUGCUGACCUUCCGACAUCCUACCUUCGAGAAAAACGUCACUUUCAAGGGCGUUUUGAGGAAAAGGGAUGCAAAGGAUCUGAUAAACGUCGUCUUCGCCGCGGAUUACUCCACUGACGAGAAUAAACUGCUAACGUUGUCCGCGUUGUUGAGAGACGAAAGCGACGCGUCGAAGACGAGAUAUCUUUACAAAAUAGCCGGCAAACACAUCAGCACUAAAAUGGACCUUGACGUUGAAGGAUUUGUUCACAGACAAGAGUACGUACUGUUCGAAACGGUGAACCACGCCCGAUACCAACGCGGUUACAUGCCGAGCGAAACUGGAGAAUUGAUCGGUCGGAUCAAUCGGGAAUCGAGGGAAAUGAUGUUCCGACGAACGAACAACGAAGCGAUCAAAUAUUUCGAGAUUGGGUAUUAUCCUUCACCUUCUCGAUAUGUCGUGAACGGCAGCGCUAUCAAUACGCCGGAAAAACUUAACACCACCGGUCUUUUCUUCUUGGAUCCGAGCGAAAAGCUCAUCUGGAUGAUGGUAAAUUAUACACCCGAUGCGACUGUGAGUUUAAGAAUGCAUGGCUUCAUUCCGGAUGCUCGAAACGCUAGAUUCAAUAUUUGGAGAACCUACGACGAUGAUCUGACAAUAUCGGACGUCGCUUUUUAUUUGAAGUUAAACCACUCGAGACUCGUUACUUCAACUUUGCGAUGGCGACCCGAACUAAAGAGCGAUAUUAUUACCACUGUAAAAACGAGCUUCAACGAAAUGUAUACAAACAUGGACAAUGACAUUAUUUAUUGGAAGCAAUACAUAAAAAGUGAAGUAAUAAAUGCCAUUACAGAUGUGUGGGAAGACGCGCAGAGUGACAUUUCGGGAUUCCUCGAUGAUUGGAAUGAUCUGAAAGUUCUCGAACGCGAUUUCGAAGAAUUCAAAAUAUAUCUGAAUAGCUCGUACAACGCCAAUGAUUUCUACAUCAAGGACAUCGUUACUCUUGGCAUGUACGUCAUUGAUGAACUAUCUCUGCGGAGCCACAUUCAAUCUCUUCCCAAUAUCCUAAACGAAAUCUGGGAAAUAAUGGGCGAGUCUGGCGAAGCCUUGCGAAACUCUCUGCUCUGGUUGAUCGAGACCGUUAAGAAUGCUUACAACAAGGUGUCCGAAAUCAUCGCCGCUGUUUUGAGAGGUGAUUCGGUGUCGCAGGUGGCAAAUAUAAUUGAGCAGUUGAUCGAAAAGUACGACAUGUUCAUCAAGGAUCUGCAUGUGUCUUUAAUCAAGUACAUCGAGAAUCUCUGGAAUACGAUUUUCCUGUCCGUUGCGGAGCAAUGGUAUAGGUUCUUAAGAUUAAUGGAACCCCUCUUUAUCCGGUUCGUUCAUUAUGUCGAGACUCUCGUUUGGAAAGCGAGCAAAGAGAUGCUGGACUUCCUGUACGAUCGCAAAAAAGAGAUCUUCACGUCGCCGUAUUUUGAUCGUUUCAACAACUUUACGCAGGACAUCGACAAGGUCUAUCGCGACAUCAAGGCGAAUGAUAUAAUUACCAACGUGCACAAGUACUCGAGUCUGAUAAUACAAUUUAUAAAGGAGCGCUACUUCGCCUUCGUGCCGUUUGGCAAAGAGCUCAAGGACAUUGUCGAUGAGAUCGUGUCGGAAUUAAAGGAGCUGAAGAAGUUGUCCUCCGUAAAUUAUACUUUGGAAAAACUCGAGCAGUUGUACGACAAGAUUAGCUACUUCUGCGAUUACUUUGAGGUCAAAGCCAAAAUGGAGGCUCUCAUCCGAUUGACACACUCCAAGAUAAUGGACAUCAGUCAGACGGCGUUGCAAGCCGAGAAUCGCUAUAGAGAAGCCAAAACCAUGUUCAUUUUCGAUCCUAAUCAAGGUCUGAUGUGUCUGGAGCAGAAGCUACCCAUGUCUUGGCACGCCUUUAAUCAGACACCUGAAUUCCACGAAAUACCGGAGAUAAGAGCGAUCACGAACGUCAGAACGUACUUUACAACAUCAAAUACUACUUUCUGGACUCUUUACUAUCAGUACAAGCCAUACUCGGAGCUGUCAAAUUGGUUGCCGCCGUUUAAAGCACAAGCUAUGAUUGUUGGAUCCCAACAUUAUGUAACUUUCGACGGACGUCACUUCGACUUUGCGGGAAAUUGUACUUAUUUGUUAGCCAAGGAUUUUGUGCGCAAUACUUUCGCAAUUCUGGUGAAAUAUGAUCGGCAAGCUGAGAAAAUCACGCAUCAGAUCAUUGUACUGAUCGGAAACAACGCUAUCGAACUGGAUCUCUUCAAUAAUACAAUAAAGCUAAUUUCUCAACAAUCUACCGACACGAUAACCAAUCUGCAGCUGCCAGUCGAGUUGGACAAUAAUACGACGUACAUUUAUCAAGAGGAGAACGUGGUGACGGUGGAGCGCAAGAAUAACCAAUUUCGGCUAGAGUGCAACCUCAAAUUCAAUUUAUGUACUUUAGAGCUGUCGGGCUGGUAUUACGGAAAAAUCGCCGGUCUUCUCGGCACCAUGAAUAACGAGCAAUUUGACGACAAUCUAGGAUCGAACAAGUUGCUGCUGAAGGACACCGGUAGCCUCGCUCGCAGCUGGUCCAUCAACGAGAAUUGCGCCGAUGCGGCCAAUCACGCCAACAAGACCCAGCGUCAAGAUAGCGCGAUAUCCACGUUCUGCAACGAACUGUUCGUGAACAAGAGCUCGGAGUUCGGCAUCUGCUUCAACGUGAUCGAAUCCGCCAAGUACGCCGACAUGUGUCUGAGCACCUUUACCGAGGACGAAGCGUGCACGGUGGCGAUGUCGUACAUGCAGAAGUGUAUGUUCCACGACACUUACUUGCGAAUACCCGAUCGAUGCACCACGUGCACCAUGAUAGACGGCGGUCAAGUAGCCGAGGGUGAUUUCAAGCGACUGGAGGGCGACAAAGUGCCGCAAUCGGCCGACGUGGUGUUCAUCGUCGAGGCGAAGAACUGCAACCGCGAUAUGAAGCUGAACAACAGCAUGGAGUUGUUGAUUACGCAACUCAGCAAGGAGCUGAACAACCGAAACCUCACAGGCAACCGUUGGUCCCUCGUGGUGUUCGGCGGCGACGGGGUGUACGACAAACCGCGAAGCAUCAUCCUCGACGGACAGAUCUUUACGAAAAACGUGGUGCGCUUCGUUGAUUACUUCGAUCACGUGCCGAUCGGCGGCGGUAGUCAGGACAUCUUCGCCGCAAUUGGCUUCGCAUCGCGACUCGUUUUCCGUGCUGGCGUUUCGAAGACCUUCAUACUGAUGCCAUGUUCGCAUUGCGAACCGGAAAACCAAACGUUGGAAUACUCCGUGUUACAUCAAGUAAUGCUUGAGCACGACAUUACUUUGCACAUAUUGAUGGACGGCGACUUCGAAUACGAGAAGGAAAAGAUCAGCAAGAUUUUUUACGGCUUAGACGCGGCUAAAUCGUACACCAAAAAGGAUGCCCGAGUACUGAAUGGCGAUGUGGAUCUUAGGAGGCAGGUCAAACUCUCUAAAAACGUGCUAGGCUACUGUACGCCGCUGUCCCUGGAAACGAAUGGCACGAUAUUCAGCGGUACAAAGUUACGCCUCGAGAAAAGCGCCUCGAUCAAGAAGUUCGCGAGCGUUUUUUCAAAAAGAGUCGCUCUUACCGCCGAGCCGAACAAGUGUCAAGUUUGUGAGUGCAUCGCCGAUAAUAACGGCGUCACGAAGAUGGAAUGCAUGCCCUGUAUAUUCCCAAUGCCCGUGCACGUGGAUUACAUGAGCAAAACUUUCAAUCUUAACGAAUCACUCUCGAUGAUACCACCGUUAGACGAUGAUUAUGGUCAAAUCGACAUGGAGGACGACUGAAGUAUAAUUAAGAAAAAAUCAUAGCUAGAUAAUGUUAACAAACUCAUUGGUAUUAGUCCUAUUUAUUUAUAAUAUAUCUUAAAAUAUAGGGUAAUACCUACCUCUUCUCAAUUGAGGAUCUGUUUUGUAAACAUAAUAUGUUAUGGCAUUGGAGUUAAGAACAUCCAUUGACAAUUUAUAGAAAAUAUAAAUUUUCAUUAUUAUUUUUAAGUAAUAAUUAGAAAUCCGAUGCCAUAAAUAGAUUCUAUAAUCCAUAUGUAUAUUUUAAAACCGUAAAUUUUUCACGUAUUGCAAUUAUAAAGUAUAUGGAAAUACAAAAUAUUAAAAUAUAAUAAAUGUCAAUAAAGAUUGAUGCCGUAUUAAUCA